UGGUCGUGGUUGGGACUGUUUAGAGUUUACACGGAGGGGGAAAAUCACUGUGGACCACCUCGCAACUUUUUUCUGGGGCCACCAAAACACCCUCCAGAAAAAAAAACUAUAAUGAAAAACACCUCAAGUUGUUUUUCUUCUCAGAAGACGUUGGAGUUGACGUUAAAGUGACUUUCUUUUCUCUUUUUUAAACACUGGAGCUGCUUCCUUGUUCGACAACGGGGUGAAAAUAUCUCAACAUCCUCACAAAGAAACUUUUGCUUGCUAGGCUGCUAACUCGCACACAAGCCAGAGAGAGAGAGAGACAGAUAGAGAGCGAGACAGGGAGAGAGGAAAAGUAUGAUCACCGCCGAAGACUUGCUCUGAAGCUGUUAGUAACGUCUCAUCUGUCGAGAUAAGUGUUGAUGGUAGUUGUAUUUACUGAGAAAUGGUUUUCUGUACGACUCGAGACUGAAUUUGGUAACGGGUUGUGAGUGUUCAUCAUCAUCAUCACCAGUGGAGGAAGGGUUGCAGCUUAACCAGCCACCAGUGUUUCCACACAGCGCCCCCAGAUCUGCACCAGGCAGGACAGCCAUUGCUUUUUUUUUUCUUUUCUUUUUUGUGUGUUCCCCAGUUAGUUAGUUACUCAGUUAGUUGGUUAGUUAGUUAAGAGGUAGGUACCCCCCCCUCCCCCCCAGAAUCAGAUUUGUUCCUUGGAAAGAUGUCUGGCCGAAGUGGAGUUGGACAGAUCCGGGGAGCUACUUUGGGUCCACAACCCCUCAAGGCUACCAUACCUUAUCAGCUGGCCAGCAAGCCUCGACCCAGCCGGAGAGAUGGAAAGCCAGCUGGAAAGACCAAACCGCACCAGCUGAGCUCUGGCAUGAGGCGGACAAUGUCUCUCGAUGCCAUCAUUGGGCCGUACCUGCAGGGACACUGGCCGAAAGAACCAGAGGGCCAGAGCAGCCUGUCUCGCAAGGACAAAUCCACCCAGACUCCAGACUCGUGGUCCGAUAAAUCCCAGAGCAGGAGAGGUAGCAGCAGCCAUAAACGAUCGGCAUCAUGGGGCAGCGCUGAGCAUCUGCGAGAGAUUGCUAAACUAAAACAGCAGCUGCAGCAACGCAGCAAGCCUUCAGUCUCAGGGGGGCACGACAAAGACCGCCAGCGUGACUAUCCUCAGGGGAGCUGCAGCCUAGGAACUACUCAGACUCAGCCAAUUCCCAUCCCCCUUGCUCCCCUGUCUACACUGGUCCCUCGACUGCGCUGCAGUGUGGAGGGCCUCAACCAGGAGCUGGAAGGCAUGUUCAUCUGCCAGCCACCGCAUCCUCCGCACAGGCUCCUCGAGGUUCCAGACGGUCACCGGGCUCCAGUCCCUCCACAGAGCUGCAGCAGUGGAUCCCAGAGUGACCCCGCCACCACACCCUUGUCCUCAUCGUCUCCCCCCUCCUCACCCAGCUCCCCUCUCACCUACAUCUCCACAUCCCCACCCAACUCUGAAGAUGCACCUCUGGAUCUGCCCCAAGGUUUGAUAGACGGUGCAGAGAUAGGCCUGCUGUCUCCGUUCCCCUCCCAGAAUGAGGCUGACCUCUCCAUGCCUUUGCUGAUGUCCUCCUCCCCGGGACCCAACAAAAGUUGCUGCUUCCAGAGAGAGCCCCCAGAGGGCUGCGAAAAGGUCCGAGUCUGGGAGGAAACGAGCACUCCACACCAACUCAAGCCAACCCUCAUCUCCUCCUGCCCAGACCCUAACAAGGUAAACUUCACCCCCCAUGGGGGCUCUGCCUUCUGCCCCGUCAGCCUCCUCAAGCCCCUGCUCCCCUCCAUGGACCUGUUGUUCUGCAGCCUCGCCGUCUCUCCAGCAGGCACUUGCUCGAGCCAGGGAACGGGCUCCUGCCAGGCAACGUCCUCUGGCAACCGGGCCGCUCCUCCGGAUCCUCCUGCCGCUGCCACUGUUAUGGGAGAAAGCUCGGGGGAGGGCCUUGCUUUCUGAUCGCAGCUCCAGAUCAUUUUCUGUGGAAAAUGCAUGAUGCAAAUAUUUCGGCGGUCUGUGACAGAUUUGUUGAAUUUACUUUAUCUUAGGGAAAGCUCAUUCCUUUUCUAUACAUGUUUAAAAUAAUCUUAUGUUGAAAAAUAAUAAUAUUGGGGGGGAAAAAAAUGAGUUAUUGUACGCAAUCCAAUGGAUAUGCUUCAUGAGCUAUUUGUUUUGGGUUUCUGGGCAUUUUGACAUUUCUAAAUUAAGGCCAAUUUUGGUUCUUUCAUUUCAUAAUCCAAAGAUAUAUUUUUGGCCAAACACGGUGGGGCAGUCUUAUGGCAUGACUUAUCACUAUUUCUACUCUUAACUCUAUCUGAUAUGGGAUUUGUUGGAUGACUGACCCCGCCCCCCCCACUCGCUGCACAUUUAUUUUUCUGUUUCCCCAAAGAAGCCAUGACAUACACUUACUUACACGCCGACUACGAUACUGGUUUCAAACUCUGACUGCAGUGCGUCAUCUCUGUCCAAAAUGUUAAGAGUCUAGGUCAAGUAAGAAGAACCAUUCUCGGAUAAGUUUGUUUUUAAGUAUUCAAAGAUAUUUAUCUGCAAUUCAUCUUUAAAUGUUUUACCUAACUUGACCUUGCACCUGUUUCUGGUGUACAAAGCACGACAAAUCAGUUGGGUACUUUUUUUUUUAUUUCUAUAUAUAUAUAUAUAUAUAUAUAUAUAUAUAUAUAUAUAUAUAUAUAUAUAUAUAUAUAUAUAUAUAUAUAUAUAUAUAUAUAUAUAUAUAUAUAUAUAUAAAUAAAUAAAAAAAACAACUCAAUGAAAUCACAUUUUGAUUAUUGUAGACUGAAGGGAAUUUUCCAGUUGUUGGACUUGGGUAGCAUCAUUACCUAAAGGGCUUCAGCUCACGCAUUCCUGCUUUAAAAAUUGUACAGAUGUUAUUUUUGUCGUUCUCUUGUUUACUUGCAAAAAAAAUGUAACUUGUGCACGUCUUUAAUGUAUAUUCCUUGAUGUUCUAGAUGUGUGCUUGAUGGUAUGUUUAUAGUUUCAAGGUUUCACAGCCUAGUUGACUACCUAACCAGUUUUAGUGGUGUAGAUUUGUCCUCAGUGUUUAUUUUUUCUUCUGCCAAGCUGACAAGUUGAUGUUCAAAUAGUUUUAUUUCUGGUAGACAUGUUUGCACAAAUUGAACUGCUACUUUUGAGUCGCAUUUCUUAUUUUUAUAUUCACUUUUGUACUUUAAGAGUAGUAAUGUGUAUUUUCUACAUCCUUUUUCAAUUACCCGCAACAUAAGCUAAAAAAAACCCUGUUACUUUUAGUUUUGUUCUGUCAGUAUAAUUGAGGCAGGUGUUAUAUGAGAUACUGUAUCGGGUGGAUUUUUAUGCACUUCCAGGAGAGGGUUUUUAUAUGGAGGAGGAGACGUUUCUUCCAUACGUUAGUCCUGGGUUUAUUGUCUGACAGGAGUUUUGUUUAUGUGUGUGCACGUGGAUGGAAAGUUAACUAGUCAGAUCAUUUGACUUACUUCUCCUAGUUUUAGUAUCAUGGUGAAAUACCGAUUGAUUGAAACAUUGUUUUUUUUUCAAAAUAAGCUUCAAUUUCAAUGUUUUUUCACUCUGUGUGGAUGCUGUGGGCGUGCUGUUAUCUCAGGUUCUGUGUUCUGUCCACAUAAAUGUAUGAUUGAUAACGUGUUGUCUUUGUGAUUUAUUAAACUGGUCUUAAGACGUAA